CAUCCUGGCACAACAAUUAAUCAACUAAUUCAACACUGCACGAAUCCUAGCCAUAUCAAAACCUUCACAAAUUGUGCAAACAUCUAUGCAAUUGAACAACUCACUAAUCAUACAAAUACAGAACUACUUACCUGGCACCAGUUAGCCUACAAAACUCAAAAAAUCAUACCAGGACGGUUACCAAAGUGGUUUCUGGAGCUCCAUAAUACACUAUUAAAACCUACUACACCACAUAUUUCAACUGUGAGUCCUAAUCCAUUUACCACAAAUAAGAUUAUACCAACACGAACAAGCUGGAUACUUGGAAAAUUUCAAAAUACACCGAUAAUAGGAAAAGUUUUCAAAACCAAACUACCAAAAAACAACAUACAGAUCACACAUUGGCUACCCCCAGCCCUAGAUACUAACAUAUCACCACUUACUAAUUGUACUUCUUGUAUACUAACAACAGCUAUAAACACACAUGGACAAU